AUGGCCCCCCAAAACGUCGGCAUCAAAGCUAUUGAGCUUUACUUCCCUAGCAGAUAUGUGGCUCAGUCUGAUCUGGAAACCUUCCUUGGUGCCAGCACGGGCAAGUAUACGAUUGGACUAGGCCAGACGCAAAUGAGCUUUUGUGACGAUCGCGAGGAUGUAUACUCCCUCGCUCUCACGGCCGUCUCUUCUCUCCUCCGCAAAUACAACAUCUCCCCGAACUCAAUCGGCCGCCUAGAAGUUGGCACAGAGUCCAUGCUCGACAAAGCCAAAUCCUGCAAGUCCGUCCUUAUGCAGCUCUUCGGUUCCAACGACGACAUCGAAGGCGCCGAUACCUACAACGCCUGCUACGGCGGUACAAGCGCGCUUCUCAACGCCGUGAACUGGAUCGAGUCUUCUGCCUGGGAUGGACGGAACGCAAUAGUCGUUGCCUCGGACAUUGCACUAUACAAUACAGUUUCUGCAAGACCUACCGGUGGUGCGGGUUGUGUGGCCAUGCUAAUUGGACCCAAUGCACCCUUGGUCUUGGAGCCGCUCCGUGCGUCGUACAUGCAGCAUACAUAUGACUUUUACAAGCCGGAUUUUAAAUCCGAGUAUCCGGUUGUGGAUGGGCAUUAUUCUUCGAGAUGUUAUCUGCAGGCGCUGGAUGGGUGUUACCGGCGCUAUCGAGAGAAGCAGGCUGCUCGCAAGACGAAUGGGAUGUUGCAUGGGAAUGGAGUCGUGAACGGGCACUCCACGCCAAUGGGCUCAUCAACAGUUGCUCUGGAUGAAUUUGACUAUUUUGUCUUUCAUGCACCUAACUGCAAGCUGGUUUCCAAGUCAUACGCGCGUCUGUUGUAUAAUGACUGCAUCGCCAACCCACAGCACGAAUUAUGCAGCUCUGAUGCCGUACCCUCUUCUAUCCACGAACAACCCUACGAAGAGUCCCUGGGCGACAAGACACUGGAGAAACUCUUCAUAAGACUCUCAAAAGAGAGAUUCGUAAAACGAGUCCAGCGAAGCCUUACAGUCCCGACUCUGUGUGGGAACAUGUACACUGCCGGCGUGUACUCGGGUCUUAUCAGUCUGCUCAGCAACGUGCCCGGCUCUGAACUACUCGGCCGACGAGUGGGAGUCUACAGCUUCGGCAGUGGUCUUGCCAGCACACUCUUCAGCUUGCGCGUUGUAGGCGACGUGAGCGAUAUCGCAUCCAAGAUCGAUCUCCACGCCCGCCUCGCAGCCCGCGAGCAAGUUUCCCCCGAAUUCUAUGACGAGAUGUGUAAAUUGCGCGAGCAAGCGUACCAACAGAAAAGCUAUACUCCCGUUGGCAGUGCCGAUACAUUGACGCCAGGUACGUACUAUCUCGUCCAAGUCGACGAGAUGUUCCGGCGGACCUACGCCGUGAAACAGGACUAG